AUGAGCCUCUUGAUGCCCAUUGUUGAGAAGGUUGUGACUCAGAUCUUCGAGAAGCUGAUCGGCACCGGCGGGGGCGGCCUCAUGAAGUUGCUCAAGGGCAUCAUGACGGAUUCCCACACCCAGCCAAAGAAGAAGCAGAAGAAGACAAAGACGAGGAGCCGAAGGCCACUGUGGACAGGCCUGCGGCAGGAGCAAGCGCUCCCGAAUGAGGGCGGUGAUUUGAAGACAUGCAGCAAGGGCAAGGGCAAAGGAGAACCAUCCCGAAAGGUGAGUUUCGCUGUGCCCGAGAGGGAGUUGAUCCAGCCGAGCCAGAAGAAGACGGAGAAGGAGGAUGAGGCGGGCGACUGGCAGGAGGUGGCCAAGAAGACGAAGAAGGACGAGGGGCCUUGGAAGCUCCGACAGAAGGACUGGGAUGCGGAUGUGGUGGACUACAGCGAGGUUGCAGCAAGGCUGGAAAAGGCCACCAGCGUGUUCAAAGGAGUGGUGCAGUGCACUUCCGAUCAGGCAACGGCGAUUGAGUGCAUGCUUCAGCACUCUUCCAAGGUCUAUGGCGUCCUGCUGGUUACUUUGGACAAUGGCAGUGACUCUCUGCGAGUGCCUGGGGAAGUUGGCGAGAAGUUGAUGUUCAAGAAGGCAGUGGUGCGGAAACUGGCGUCUAGUGGGCAGGAGCCGCCUCAGCCAGCCGGGAUGAAGCAGGCCAAGCAGACGAUCAAAACGCAGCCCACUGUGGUCGUCGCCCUGAAGAUUGUGCAGCGCUUUCUUCCGCAGGACAGUUGGUCUACGGCAGUGAAGAGCCCGCAGAGGUACUUCCAUAGCUGGCUUGCGCGCCAAUCUUUCAAGGCCUUGGACAGCUGGGGGUGGGAAAAGGAGCGCGCUCAGAGCCAGCAGUCCGACCACUUCUUUGGACUGGCCAGGAUCUACGAGGCUGACUUGCAGGCAGUGCUGGCCAGGUCUGGGGACGCAUCUUUGUGGAGCCCACCAGGCAGUGCACGAUGCCCAAGUACAAGGUGGUGUGGUUUGAGCGGAAUCAGGGGGAGAAUGACCGGACACUACGCGCUUCGGGCUCGCAAGUUUGGGGGCGAGUUUGGCCUCACUCUGGGUUUCAAGCAGAUUGGCAUCCGUGAGAAGAGAGAGCCCAACGAGCCGUCGACGCGGCUGUGGAUUGUGGAAGACGUGCCGCGCACCUGGCACCAAGACCAGGUCCGUGCUGCCUUAGUCGCCGAGUUCUCGGUGGUGGACUUUGUCACUGUGCGCAAGAAGAAGGGAGGCUUUGACUUUUUGUUCAAGGGCACCACAGCUAGCACGCAGGACCUCAUCGCAAUCCCGGUUGAGGACGACUCAGGCAGCUGGACAAUGUGGACUAGAUGGGCGCCGCCCCGGAAGUUUGCAGGUGAGACCAAGCAGGUGAUCAGAGCCGGUGGGUGGAGCUUGCGGCCGGAGAAGCAGCCGCUGAGCAAGACAGUUGCCGCCUCGGCUCCGGUCCCACCGCCUGAUGGAGGCGCUGCGCAGGAACCCGAGGCUGACGCCGCGGCUGCGGGGAAAGGAGUGCAAGGCCAGCAGCAUCUCAGAGAAGCUCCAGACCAUGCGGGCCCGAAGAAGAUCAAAGUUGAGGAGAGGGCCAUCCCUGACGGCACCAAGAUCAGUGUUGUGGCCGGUGACGGGGAUUGCUUGUUUUCUUCGUUUGCUGUGGCGUACGCCAACCUCACCGGGAAGCAGGCCAAGCACAAGGCCACGUUGCGGGCAGAGGUGACCACUCACCUUGCCAAGCAUGAGGAGAGAUACAAGCAGACCUGGGACGGGAUGAGCCCCUGUAACAAAAAGAAGUGUGCGUGGAACGACUACCUGACUGCGAUUGCUGCCCCGGGAACAUGGGGAGGAGAGAUGGAAGCCGCAGCCCUGGCCAGGAUGCACAACGUCUGCAUCGUGAUCGUCCCCAGAGAUAUCACAUGGCCGGCGGUCUGCCUCCACGCGGAUGCCCAGAGAACAGUCGCUUUGUGGUGGAAUGGCAGUCACUUCGAUGCCCUUCUGCCGGAGGACGACAAGAUGCCGGCGGAGAUCAUGGCAGUGAAGCAAUCUCCCACCAAGCCCCUCAGAGGAGGAGGCGGGUCCGAGGUGAACUCAGAGGGCACUGUGUGGACACGUGCAGCUUCGUCCCAGCACACGGUCUGGACUUUGGCUGCAGCUGCUAGCCAGCGGCCAUGCAGCGGGAACCGGUCGUGCUCGACAGUCUGGAGCGCCGAUGAGGCUGCAAGUGGCAAAAAGGCUUCGUCCAAGCGCUUCCGCUUGAACAGCAAGACAGCAGCCAGCGCUGAGGCGGAGCCUGCGUCCCCGGACUGCGGCCAGGACAUCGACACUGAGAAUGACAAGGUCGGCUACCGCGAGUGUGCCCAGACUGGCCUGAUUAGGGCCUUUGCUGCUGCUGACGAGGUAGGGUGGAAGUGCCCCCUGUGCGACUUCGGGAUCGAGGCCACCAAACUAAGCGUGGUCAGUGAGUCCGUGGCUGGUGCUGCCAAGAAGAAGCACAGAAAGGAUUGCCACCCAACCACCACCAUUGCGGCGUGGAGGCGACUUCAGAGCCUGGGCACUCAGCAGGGGAGCGCCUAUCGGCAGAGUCAGCGAACCAUGAUGCUUAACGUAAGCAUGGCAAGGGUAGAGAAGGACUUCCUGCAGAGCGGUGGCCAUCAGCUGCAAGCCUUCAUGUGGCCUGUUGUCAAGUGGAAGUCAAAAGACAAGCCGUCACGGUUGUCAAUCCGGCGGGCAUGGCGGUGUCGGAAGUGCCUCUGCUGCUUUCGGGACAAGAAGUGCGUCCAGAGAAGCAAAGGCUGCGGUGCCAAGAGGACCGAAAAAGAUGUGAAGCGAUCCCUUGCUGCGCAUGACCAGCACAAGAAGAGGAGUGAGACUUUGAGCAAGAGCGACUGUGGCUUCAACCCGGAGCAGUUGGAGGGCAUCUGGGAACAGGCCAGGCGCGCUUUGACCAUGAAGCCAGUCACCAUCGGCACUAUGAACGUUGGAAGGGGUGGCGCGGCCAAGGCCAGCAGGGCCUUGGAAGUCAUGCAGGAUAUGCACGUGGACAUUUUGGCGCUGCAGGAGGUUGACCUCAAUUCCAGCAGCUGGCACUGGAAUUUGCAGAACGGCACUGAUUUCUCGUUUCCCUCUUCGGCAGAUCUGUCUGGAAGGAGUGAGUUUUCCCAGUCGGUGCGCGGCAGGCUUGGUUGA